AUGGCUGUACAGUAUUGGACAACUCUUCUCCUGGCUGGAAUAUACUUAAGGGAGCCCACUGGUCUGUAGCAGCAGCAGCAGCAGCAGCAUCACUCCUGCCCGUCACCAUGCCGUCUGUGUCUCUGAGCCUGCCAGCAGCUCUGGCUGGACCUGCACGCACCUGGGUCUGCCUGUCCUGCAUGUUCUGGCCGGAGGAGUUGGAGGCUCUUCAUUCCCAUACGUUCCGGGUGAAGACGUUCAAGAAGGCCAAGCACUGCAGCGUCUGCAAACAGACCAUCAGCACAGACGGACUCAUCUGCCGAGUGUGCCGAAUAGCCUGCCACAAGAAAUGUGAAGUCAAGGUGUCUUCGUCUUGUGUUCCAGCAACAAACUAUGAGCUGGCUCCCAGCAGUGACCUCCCUCUCAAACAUGUAGACACCAUGGGCUCGACAAAAUCUUCAAAGAGCAUGGAGUCACGGCGCAGACCGUCGAGGAGUGUGAGUCUGCUGCAGGCCCUGGAGGAGAGCUACGAGCUGGACCUGAUCUACAUCACAGAGAGAAUCAUCUCCGUCUCCUUCCCCAGCAGCGUGGAGGAGCAGAGCUACGCCACCAACCUGCGGGAGGUCGCCUCCAUGCUGCGCUCCAAACACGGCCACAACUACCUGCUCUUCAACCUCAGUGAGAAGCGUUAUGACAUCACCCAACUCAAUCCAAAGGUGUUGGACUUUGGCUGGCCUGACCACCACGCUCCAGCUCUGGACAAAAUCUGCAGCAUCUGUAAGGCCAUGGACACCUGGCUGAGCGCAGACAGCCACAACGUGGUGGUGAUCCACAACAAGGGCAACAGAGGCAGAACUGGAGUGGUGGUGGCAGCCUACAUGCAUUACAGCAACAUAUCUGCCAGUGCUGACCAGGCUCUGGACAGGUUUGCCAUGAAGCGCUUCUAUGAAGACAAAGUGCUUCCUGUGGGCCAGCCGUCUCAGAAAAGGUAUGUGCAGUAUUUCAGCGGCCUGCUCUCCGGACACAUCAAGAUCAACAACAAACCCCUGUUCCUUCACCACGUCAUCAUGCAUGGCAUCCCCAACUUUGAGUCCAAAGGAGGUUGUCGUCCUUUUCUCAAGAUCUACCAGGCCAUGCAGCCCGUGUACACAUCUGGGAUCUACAAUGUUCAGGGUGACAGCCAGACGAGCAUCUGCAUCACCAUUGAACCUGGUCUUCUUCUGAAAGGGGACAUCUUGCUCAAGUGCUACCACAAGCGUUACCGUAGCCCGUGCCGUGACGUGAUAUUCAGGGUGCAGUUCCACACCUGCGCUGUACACGACCUGGGGAUCGUGUUCGGGAAAGAUGAGCUUGAUGAGACAUUCAAAGAUGAAAGGUUUCCAGAAUACGGAAAAGUGGAGUUUAUUUUCUCCUUUGGACCAGAGAAAAUACAUGGUGUUGAGCAGCUGGAGAACGGGCCGAGUGUCUCGGUGGACUACAACACACAGGAUCCUCUCAUCCGCUGGGACUCCUACGAAAACUUCAACCAGACUGCUGAGGACGCCACAGACGAAGUCAUCCAUACUGAAGGACCCUUGGACGGCAGCCUCUACGCCAAAGUUCGUAAAAAGGAGUCGAUUGAAGGAACAGUCACAGCGAACGGCCUCCCUCCCACUGCUGUGGAACAUGCCCUGCCCGCGGUGGACCAUGCCUUGUCAGUGAGCAGCGACUCAGGAAACUCUACUGCCUCCAUCAAAACUGACCGAACUGAUGAAGUGGCAGCAGCCCCUCAGGCCUCCACAGUGAGCCAGACACACGUUGCUGUCGGUGAGGAACUACCCUCGGUCCAUCAGCACGCCCCACCUGCACAACAGCCAAUCAGUCCCCAAGAGAAACAGGAGCUGGAGCAGCUGCUGAGCGGCUUGGAGGGGCCCAUGCAUCGACAGGGCUACCUGUCCACCCCGCCCUCUGCUGUUGGAGGCAUGCUUCACCUGGUUCCUGCCCAGGUUCAUGUCAACGGCCACAGUGGUAUUGACCGGGAGACGGACAUUUUAGAUGAUGAGCUGCCCACCAGUCAAGAGGGCAACAGUGUGGACAGUCUGGGGACGUUCUCCUCCACAGACGGUCGGGCUACACCAGCUGAUCUUUACUACCAGCAGGAGUCACUCGUCAAUGGCCAGGACCAUGUGCCAUAUCUGGAGCGCAGUGUCCCAGAAAAGCCUCUGGAAAUCGUCCAGCAACAGGUUGGCUUAUCCAGCAAACCUGUCACUUUGACCCAAAGUGAUUCAGCCCCAUCCUCGGGUAAUUACAUGGCUACACAGAAUGGCAAUUUGUACCGCUCUCAGUCAUUUGGUGCAGAGCCAAGCUCUAUGCCACCAGCUCCCGCACGCACCACCAGUAGCAGGGAUGCCGUCCAGCGUGGUCUUAACGUCUGGCAGCAGUUCGGCGUACCAGAGGAGCCAGUUACUGAAGGCCUCACUUUUAGUCCCCCUCCUUCUGUAGCAGUGAUUCCCAGCCACCACAGCCUUCCACAAUUCCCUCAUAGCCACAGCGCAUCCCAGCAAGAAAUAGAGCAAUCUAUUGAAACCCUUAAUCUCCUCAUGUUGGACCUGGAACCAGGUCGUCCGGUGCCAAAGUCCCAAAGUGCUCCACUGCGGGAAAACAGUGUUGUAGUGACCACCCAGCCGUCCUUCUCCCAGAGCCAACCCAGGCCCUCCUCCCAGGCCGAUGCUGCCAUUCAUUCCCACUUUUCCGGCCCCGUGUCCACCGUGGCCAGCCACUCAUCGCCAGCUCAGGUGUCACCUGGGAAGCCUAGUACACCAGAGCCUUCACCUGUCCACGGAUCUCUGAGUUAUACAUCUGAAAGGGCUGGAACGAGUCCUUCCCCACAGGCCUCCUCCGGUGUAGCUGGUCACCUCCAGCUCAAGCCCAUCAAUAGCUACCCACCAAGCACACUGUCCCAGUCUGCAGAGUUGUCUGAGCCCCUGAGAAGCCCAAGUGCUGCCUCAGCAUCACCGCAGCCAAGAGAAAAUGAGCAAGAUGAAGUCUUCAACGUUGAAGGUCUGGUGGCCCAAAGAGUGGCUGGAGUCCAGGCCCGUGCUGUGUCCUUGGACGAGCCUGCAACCCUGCCCCGCCAUCGCACCAUCAGCGAUGGCCAGUACCACAACGGUCCUGACGACGAGCCCUCCCCCGAUGUCCCUCUUCGGUCCCCUGUCCGCUGUGUUUCUCCAGAGUUCGUCAACGCCAUAGCGAUGAACCCCGGAGGACGACCUAAGGAGAGACACAUGCACAGCUACCGUGAGGCCUUCGAGGAGAUGGAUGGUGGCCCCGUCAGUCCUACACCUGUAGUUGGUGGUGAGGUGUUUCCCCAAACCCCUGCCUUCCCCAUCUCGCCGCAAACCCCUUACUUCAACCUGUGUCGGUCCCCUCCUGGUCUUGCUAAGACUCCACUGUCAGCCCUGGGUCUGAAGCCCCACAACCCAGCAGAGAUCCUCCUCAAUCAAACAGGCUCAGCACCAAGAAGCUACGUGGAGUCCGUGGCGAGGUCGGCAGCAUCAGGCGGAGAUCAGCCCUCGUCACCUCGGAGCCUGAGCCCACCAGGAGAGACUGCAGGCCAGCAGAGAAGUCCAAGUCCUACAUCCCACACGCUGAACCCACCUCUGUCCAGCAGCAGUCCCAUCCAGAGCUCACAGGGUGAUAACCUCUUAGCAGAGAGCAGUGUUAGCACUCCGUCCCAACCCACUACUGAUUCGGGCUUCCGCUCCCAGGCUACAGAGAGUGCCUACCCCACUCCCACGCCCUCAUAUCAGGCCCUAAACACCCCCACUUCUUCCUACCUGGAUUCCAGCUCUCCAACCUCAUCCUACUUUGGCACUACUACCCCUACACAAUCCUACCUUGGCCCCAACACUCUGCUAGGGAGCUACGUGUCCUCAGACCCAAGCCCGCCCACCUCAGAACCCUUCCAGUCAACACUCAGCCAUGGCGGUCCCAAUGCACAGCACCAGACCAGCAUGCUCGGCUCCGCCUACAACCCCCUCCUCCUGCAGCAGCGCUCUGCUGCUAACCUGGAUGGUUCCAUGGCAGGCCAGAAAACAUCACCGGCCAACGGCUUUGAUGUGGUAGGUCUCACUGGCAGUCCCAUCCUUGGUCGUCGUCCGUCUCAGGGAGCUCAGAGCAGCCCGGUCCUCAGCAGACAGGCCUCUUUGGGACAGGGGUCUCAGCGGAGCCCGGUCCUCAGCAGACAGCCGUCCCUGGGCCAGCCCAUGCAGAGCAGCCCCGUGCUCAGCCGACAGCCAUCCGUCACACACCCCCAAGGAAGUCCAGUUUUGGGCCGUCACCCGUCUGUAUCGCAGGUGUCCCAGAGAAGCCCCAGUCUGGACCGUCACCCCAUGCACAGCGGGUACACCACCCCUGACGAGAGGCAUGGGAACCUGUCGCGACAGAGUAGCUCCUCGGGCUACCAGGGACCGCCAACUCCCUCCUUCCCCAUCUCGCCUGCAGGCUACCCAGAUGGGGGGAUGAUGGGGAUGGGUGCAGGGUUCCGGCAGGGCAGUCCAGCCCCUGGAUUCCAGCCCCAACUUCCAGAGAAAAGGCGCAUGUCGAGUGGAGAUAGACCCAACGGGGCAAUGUCCUAUGGCACGCUGAACGGGAAGAUAAUGUCUCCAAUGAGUGGUGGAAGCAAUCCUGGCUACUUCCACACACUCUCUGACUUCUCAAGGUUCAACAUGCCAGAUGGAAGCCCUGAGAGCAAGCUGAAUGUCAAGUUUGUCCAAGACACGUCCAAGUUCUGGUACAAGCCAGACAUUUCCAGGGAGCAAGCUAUCGGCCUGCUGAGAGAGAGGGAGCCUGGAGCCUUUGUUAUCCGGGACAGUCACUCAUUCAGGGGAGCUUACGGUUUGGCUAUGAAGGUGGCCUCUCCUCCACCCUCAGUGCAUCAGAACAAGAAAGGUGACAUCACCAACGAGCUGGUGAGGCACUUCCUGAUCGAGAGCAGCCCUAAAGGAGUGAAGCUGAAGGGUUGUCCCAACGAGCCUUACUUUGGCUGUCUCUCUGCCUUGGUCUACCAACAUGCGAUAACACCACUGGCCCUACCCUGCAAACUACUCAUCCCUACCACAGAUCUCCUGGAGGAAGUUCCAGAAGUCGCCGCACCAAAUCCACUGGCUGAAAGGCUGAAACAAGGAGCAGUGCAGAGGGCCCCUGCUGAUUCCCAUGCAUGCAACGUGCUCUACGUCAACUCAGUGGAGAUGGAGUCCCUGACGGGCCCUCAGGCCGUCGCCAAGGCCAUAUCUGAGACACUGGCUGCCGCUUCUCCAGCUACUGCCACCAUCGUGCACUUCAAGGUGUCUUCACAAGGCAUCACGCUGACCGACAACCAGAGGAAGCUUUUCUUCCGACGCCACUAUCCUACCAACACUGUCACGUUCUGCGAUACUGACCCUCAGGACAGGAAGUGGAACAAGCCUGAGGGAGGCACAGCCAAGCUGUUUGGGUUCGUGGCGCGUAAGCAGGGAAGCACAACAGACAACGUCAGCCACCUCUUCGCCGAGAUGGACCCCGACCAGCCCGCCAGCGCCAUCGUCAACUUCGUCUCCAAGAUGAUCGCCGCGCAGAAACGAUGAGAGCUGUCAGCAAACCCUGGCGCUUUUCUUAAAUGCCUUUGGUUAUUUUCUGUCUUUUUUUUUUUAACCACAGACACUUACUUUUGGACAAUUUAGCAUUUGGUUUUACGCGUCACCUUAUUUUUCCUGCUCUUUUACAUUUACGUGUGCAUGUGUACGGUAUGAAAGAGAACAGUGAGUGUGUGGUGUAUUUGUGUGUGUGUGUGUGUGUGUGUGUGAGGCUUGCAUGCAUGUGCUUUUCUUCUUGGACGGACUCCAGAAUGGACCAGAGGAAGUGCAGGAUGGGGCGCGGCUGUGUGCGACAAUGGGACGGGAGGCGAUUCUGAUCUCCCUGGCAGGGUAACACAACAUGAACAGGAAGAGGAAUGAAAGAAUGAUAUCGUGUGUGCAAAUGUUAAUUCUUUUUAGCAAUUGUUUCAUAUUUUUUAAUUUUUUAAAGAAGAAGUCAAGUUGUGUGAUGUAAAGGUGGAUUGUAAAUCUAUCAGGCUUUUGACUGGUCAACCAAAGAUUUUAAAAAAGUAGUCAGGGCGUGUAUAGUGUGCCACUGUCGGAGGGUCGGAAGUAUUCUUUUGUAAAACAAAUAUGGCUGCUUAAUCAAAAAAUACUGAACUGUUUCUUUCUGUAUGUACUGAUACUGUAGGUCAAUUCUGCACCGCUGCCGUCUUGCAAAAACAAUGUUCUCCGACAUUUUUUUUGCGGCCGGCGGGGUCUGUGUAAAUAUUCUAGAUUGCUUUAUGAGUAGGACUGUUCUAGAUGACAUUUGGUGCCUGACUUUCUUUUGUAAUGCAGAGCUUUUUAAGAAAAAGAAGAACAUAAAACUCUUCCAGGCUGUCUUAAAAUAUGCAAAUAGCCAAACUUGGAAAUAAGGGAGUUCUCCAAAAUUCUACAGGUCCUUCCUGGUCGAUGUAGUAGUGCCGCUAAAGAUGUAAUUUCCUCUGAAGUGCAGCUAGAGUCUGACCAUAUAAGCUAAAAUCUUUUCCUUGUGCAUCUACGGUGUACGGAAGCCCUGAGGUCCAAGUGUGAAAAAGGAAACUGGUGAUAUGUUUUCCACGUCUGAUCUAAAUUGAUUUAUCUCCCAUUUCAUGACUGAACAGGUGAAAAAGAAAAUAAUAAUUUAUUAAAUCUGGGAAAACAGUGGGAAAACAUUUUGCCAGUGUUUUAUAUAUAUUUUGUCAGAAACAGUUUCUAACUAAAGUUUUGGCAGGUGAAAAAUAGUUUUGUUUUGUUUUGGUCAUGAUCAUUUUUAAAUACAAUUUAGUCCUGUUUAAAAUAAUAAUAAUAAUAAUAAUAUUAAUUUGGCAUAUCUCAUUUUCCCACCUGUUUUCAGAGAUUAGAAAUAAACAAAUUACUAAUAACCUUGGAACAAAAAUGAAGAUAAGAUAUCCCGAAAGGAAAUUCUGGUCCCAGAUUACAAAAACAAUUACAAAAACAAUAUAGGACAAUAUAAGAAAAAAACAAUGAACAAAAUAGGUAAAAACAACAAUAUAUAAUAUGUAUAUAUAACAAUAUAAACUAAAAAAUAAAGUGAGGAGUAAAGUGAAAAAGAAAAAAGUAAGGAUAAGGAUUAAAAAAAGGAAUUUUGAAAGCCUCUUGUGGCUGAAAACUGUACUACACCAACAAACACUUGGAAAAAUUAUAUUGGCAAAGAAAAUACAUUAUUUUAAGACAUGAGCUUUUCACCUGAUUCCACAAAUAAAAUGGAGCUUACUAAGAAAAAAUGUCCUGAAAAAUAGGUAAUUCACCUGCCGAUAAGGCCUAAAAAACAGUAGAAAAUACAGAUCAGCCUUAAUGAAUCACCUGAUUUUUAUUUUUUCUCAGUUGCCUCUCAGGGCUUCUCUAACUGUAUCCAUGUAAACACAUGAGCGCAUCAGUAAAAAACCCACAGAAUCAUCACAUCCUCACAAAGUCUUGCUAUUGUUUUGGCCAGACAAGCAAAGAAGACUAUUAGCUUCCUAUCUGCCGUCAUUCUACGUUCAGUCUGCGCAGCACAUUAUAGCCACGCUAUCUUUCUCAUUACUGAAGGGCCUACAGGUGUUUUGUGAGGACGACCUUUAUAGAAAAGUGUUGUCCUGCUAUCCUCUUCAGUCUUCUGUGUUCAAAGUUUCCGUCAACCGAAAGCUCUUUUUGCGUCAGCCGGCCAAAACUGUUAACACUCACACCCUACCCAAAAGUAAGCUAUACGUAUAAAUAUACAUAUAUAGAUAUAUAUUAAAAAAAACUUCCAAACAGUGACUUAAGAUAUUUAUUUUUUUGCUUUGUUGCUCUAUGUUAUCUUGUAUACAUGUAUUAUAAAGUAUACAUCAAGAUUACUGAAAGUGAGAAGAAAAGAUUGCUUUUAUUUUGGCUAAAGUGCAUUGACAUAUAUAAAGGUGUAAAGUGUGUGCAUUUCAAACUGUUGUUGUUUUUGAUUUUUUUUUAUUUUUUUCACAGCAUUACUUCAUUUUGUUAACAUGUUUUGUUUUCUUGGGGGAGGCUUUUUUUUUUUUAAAGAGAGGGGAAAUAUUUUGUAUGAAAGAUUUCUGUUACUUAAGUCCAAAUUGGAGUUAUCCUAAAGUGAUGCAGACACAAUUGUUUAAUUACGUUUUAAAACCUGCCGAGAAAAGACAUUGUCCCAGUAUAGCACUUAUAUGUUGAAGUAUUAUCAGUGUGUUUCUACUUGUCAAAAGAUAUGGACACUGACGGACCCGUUUCUUGUCAUAAUCGCAUGUGUGGAGGCGGAUUUGUACAGCAGCAUGGGUCUGGAGCUUGUUCAUGGAGAACUAGUCAGAUGAGUGAGGAGCUGCUGCCCUCAUGGGGUGUGGAGAGGUCAUUACAAAGGAACCACUUUUAUUCUAACAGUGUUUUAGCUGUGAUUAUGGCACGUCAAAGGGGAAAUGUUUGAGUUAAGCAACGUGAUCACUGAAAAAAAUGAACUUUGUUUCAAUUUAAAGUCCCAUUCGAGGAUUGAGUAGUAGCCUGAUGCUCUAGGAUCACUUGGCAGCAUGAUGUAAACUAAUUAAAUAAGGGUUAGUUCGAGUUAAGUUCUUACUCAAAUGUACUUCUUCAAAAAAAAAAAAAUACAGCACUUACAGGGCUUUUAUAUCUGACUAGAAUGUUCCAUUAUUUAUUAGCAAGAGCCUGCAUGCAUUAACGCUGCUGACUGUAAUCUGUACACAGUAUCCUCAAGUCUUACUCAACACAGCCCUUUACCAGAAAGAAGCCCACAGAUAGUUAUCAUCAGGUUUGGACUUUCACGUGCAACUGUGUCUUGACUCUGCUUGUGAGACAGAAAAAUCGAUAUUUUUGCCUUGUUGAGAAAAGAGGACGUCCUCGACUUCAAACUGAAUGUUCGCCAUUAGUUUGCCGAGAUGGAAACUCCAGUGGCAUGUGCCCACUUUGACAGAUCAGUCUGGACUGUAGAAUGUGUGUGAAUGAGCUACUAUGCCUGUACAGAGCUUUGUCAUUUUUGGUUUGCUACAUUGUAUGGCUUUUACUAUUUCUGAUGGAAAAAACACAUUAAAAAGCAGUACAAAUCAAAA